AUGGGGAGAAGCCGUGAAAAGGAAAAGGAGAACUUCAACAAGAGGGUGGAGGAUGCGAGGAGAGACCUUGAUAGUGGGCGCAUUAAGACAAUUAGGGAGGCAGCGGACGUGCAUGGAAUAGCCUACACUACCCUUCAAAACAGAUUAGCUGGUUCUAGAACGCGUCAAGAUGCUCAUACGGACCAGCAAAACCUUACUCCUAUCGAGGAAACAGCUAUCAAAAAAUGGAUCCUGAAAUUAGAUGAUUGGGGUUUUCCGCCUGUAACGGCAGCCAUGUGGUUUGGUUAUGCGAGGUGUUAG